AUGGCACGCACAGCUGUUAAGGCACCCGCUUUAUUCGAUAUUCGGUUUUCGUCGUGUAAAAAUGGUGUUGUUAUUCUCAAAGGGUCCUCUGAUGAAGCUUCAUCUGUAUUACUUUCUGGUAAGGUUGUUUUAUCUAUAAAUGAGCCUAUUCAAAUAAGGCACCUUAAUUUGGGGCUUUACGGUGCUCUCAGGGUAUAUCUUCCGGCUUCGGCUUGUUGUUCCACAGGUACUGUGGCCAAACCUGUGAGUUUUUAUAGGAAGGUGUUUGAACAUGUUUGGGAUGAUUUAUGCAUUCAAGAUGGUGUUCACAAUAAUAGCAGUACUAAUGCUUCUGCAGUACCAAUAGGGCAUAAGAGUAAAUCUUCGCCUAAUUUGCCUGGACUGGGUAAAAAGUUCAUAUCUUCAAGGUCGUUGAUGAAUAUUAGUGCGUUGAAUGGCGGUUGUCGCACGUUAUCUGAAGGUAAUUAUGAAUUUCCUUUCAGUGCAAUACUACCCUUUUCAAUGGUUGAAAGCGUCGAAGGCUUGGAAAAUGCUUCAGUCACUUACAACUUGGUGGCUACCCUUGAAAGGGGGAAAUUCAGUUGUAAUUUUUGUUGUAGGAAGCCAAUUAGAGUAAUCCGGACGUUAACACCAACUUCUUUAGGGUUGACGGAAACUAUAGCGGUGGAUAAUACAUGGCCUGGCAAGGUAGAUUAUUCGAUUUCAAUUCCUUCUAAAGCCGUUGCCAUUGGAUCUACUAUACCGUUGCAUAUUCUGAUUGUCCCUCUUUUGAAAGGUCUAAAAUUGGGUGAUAUAAGGAUCAGCAUUUUGGAAUAUACAAGCCUUACUACUCCACAUGGGUCUAUUACGAACGAUGAAAGGCUAGUGAUGAAAAUGAAAUUGAAGGAUCCACUGGGGCAUCUCAGCGAAUCAGAUGAUGAUAAUGAAGAGCACUGGUAUCAGGAUAAGUGGGAAAUAAGCACCACAGUUCUGAUACCCCCAUCAUUGUCCAAAUGCAUCCAGGAUUGCAGUAUUUUUGAAAAUCUCAAAGUUCGUCAUAAGUUAAAGAUUGUCGUUGCAUUAGCGAACCCAGAAGGUCAUGUGUCAGAACUCCGAGCAUCCCUACCCGUUCAACUUUUUAUAUCUCCGUAUAUUGCAUUAGGGGUGAAACCUAGCGGUCCUUCUUGUGGUUCUUGUUUAAAUGACAUGCAUACAGAAAAUACAGAUGGUCCUGAAGAGUUGCUAUUUGCAGAUCUAAUUCCAGGUCUUGAUAUGUCAGAUCCACAUACUUCUUCUAACCCCGUACUUCUCACCCCUCCAAAUUAUGGUAACCAUGUAUACGAUAGACUUUGGAGCAACAACCUUAUCUGCAUGGAUUCUACGACAUCUGCUUUGCCAAGCCCCCUUAUAACUAGUAAUUCAAGCCACACGAAAAGCAUUGACCGGGCCCUUUUUAGCCGUGGUCUACAGGAUUUAGAAGUUGAAAGAGAUGCUUUACCGGGAUCAUCUUCCAAUCGAAGUCUAACUACCCGGCCGAAGCCCGUAACUAUUAACAGUUCUCAUGGAACUUCAUGCCUCCACAAUAAUGCAAAUCGGGUUUUGGAAUCGCCAACCACAGUUAUACCUUCAGUUGCGAGCCACGUUUCUUGUGAUAGUGCAUACGACUUAAUACAGCCAUCUGAUUCUUCCAUAAACAGCCAUUGGGAAUUAGACUCAAUGGGCGAGGUUCCCACAUAUGAAAAAGCAGUGGAAACAGAUAUCACCGGAGAUGAACUACCUCCAGCAUAUCCCGAUGCUGAAGAUCGCCCCAUAACAAUCAAUCUAACAAAGCCAGGGAAUCUCCGUCUGAGGGAGUCAAAAUUCAGCUCAUUUGGAACAACAAGCAACUCCAGUACUGCUGCAAGACAAAAUUUGCAUAGAUCUGCAUCUUCCUCCGUGAUAUACCACCACCCCCCCCCUUCGUGGAAAUUCUAG